AACCCAUUUAAUUGUUCUAAAGGAGAAGGGUUUAAGAGGCUCAAAGGUGUGAAAUGCCUGAUUUGUUGCACUUCACGAUGAACACUGGCAUGAGCCUAAGCAAUGUGAAUUAGAGUGCUUCAAGAACUGCUCAUGCAGGGCCUAAGCAAACAUAGAUGCCACAGGAGGUGGAAGUGGCUGUCUCCUAUGGUUUGGAGAUCUUCUUGAUGUCAGAAAACUCAGUGAAUAUGCGAAUCAAGAUCUUUACAUUCGUGUUUCAGCCUCAGACCUCGAUUCAGCAAAUUUCAAGUGGAAAGAAUGGGUGGCAGUGGCGAUUUCCAUGGCAUUUGUCGUGCUUUUGGUGGUGCUUUAUUUCUGCAUUUUUAGGAAGAUGAAAAAACAUGCUCAAGGGAUCGCAUUCGACCUUCAAGCUAAAGAUGAGAAUAGCUUACAGCUUCCGAUCUUUGAUAUGGUCACCAUUUUACGAGCAACUAACAACUUUUGUGAUUCAAAUAAGAUAGGAGAAGGAGGUUUUGGCCCAGUAUACAAGGGUCAGCUGCCAAAUGGGCAAGAAAUAGCAGUCAAGAGAUUGUCAGAAGACUCUCGGCAAGGUCUCAAUGAAUUCAAGAAUGAAGUCAUGUUGAUCGCGAAGCUUCAGCACCGAAAUCUUGUGAGGCUUCUGGGGUGUUGCACUGAAGAAGAGAGGAUGCUAAUCUACGAGUACAUGCCUAAUGGAAGCCUAGACUCUUUCAUAUUUGGUUUGAUUUGAUCGAUACCUUCUUUGUUUGAUUUUGAUUUUAAUACAGUCUUUUGGAAACGUUUUCUCAUCUAGAUUACUGAUUAGAAAAAGGUUUGUUUCAGGUAAAACAAGGGAAAAUUCUCUGGUAUGUAGAAUGCGAUUCGACAUAAUAGUAGGAAUUGGGAGGGGCCUCCUUUAUCUCCAUCGAGAUUCGAGAUUGAGAAUCAUACAUAGGGAUCUCAAAGCAAGCAAUGUACAAUGAGAUGAACCCUAAAAUAUCAGAUUUUGGCAUGGCUAGAGUCUUUGGCGGAGAUCUAUCUCUAGUGAAAACUAAGAGGAUAGUCAGCACUUAGUAAGUAGUGAGUCAGAUUUUCAUGGCUUACACAUCCCUUUUCUUGUUAUGCAUAUUAUUUUUCCUACAGUGGUUACAUGGUGCCAGAAUACGCAAUAGAUGGGCUUUUCUUGACAAAAUCAGACAUUUUUAGCUUUGGAGUAUUGUUGCUGGAGAUAAUAAGCGGAAAGAGGAAUAGAGAGUUCAAUCAUCCAGACCAUUGCUUCAA